AUUACAUGAUUUGGGCCACUUCUCAAGCCCCGCGAAAGCAAACGAAAUCACAAGCAAAGGUCCAGCACGGCCUUCGGAUUCGUGGCUUUGGACGACGAGCUCUCAGCAAUGGCGGCGAGCGAGAGGAAGCGGCGGGAACCCAGGUAUCAAUCCAUCUUCGAUCUCCCAGCCGGGUUCUUCGACUGCUCUCGACUCCUCCGCCCUCUCGAGAUCCCAUCCAGCAUCUCUCUCGCUCCUCGCCCGCCGUCGCCGCCCCUUAGAGCUGAAGCCCCGGCAGAGGGGUGCGUUGAUGAAGCGUUUGGGGUGGAGGGAAGAGGGAAGGAGACGGCGACUAUAUGGACUUGCAACACUUGCAAACAAGGGUUUGAGUCUCUCCAGGACCAGCGCUUCCACUUCAAGUCCGAUCUCCAUCGCCUCAAUGUUAAAUUAAGCAUUUCUGGUAAGAAUAUCAUCAAGGAAGAGGACUUUGAUGAGUUGGGGGGUGAUGCAUCCUUCGAAGACUUUGAUAUAUCGAGCAUAUCUGAUUCUGAAGAUGAGUCAGAGAAAGGAUUAUGCAGUAAGAGCAAUGAAGAAAUUAAACAAAGAUUGUUUCUCCAUCUUCAGUCAGGAGACACAAUUUCUGUUUGGCGUUGCUUGCUUAUGGAUGAAUCUGCUCAUCUUUCCCUUGACAAUAGUAAAUCAAGUCAGUUUGGAGAUGCUGGAUGUUUGCCGUGCAUGGAUGAGGUUGACUUGAUCAGUAGAUUGAAAGCGUUAGUUUGUGAACCUCGAAAUAAAACACAUUUAAGGGUUGUCUUGCUUGCAAGUGGUGGACAUUUUGCUGGGUGUGUUUUUGAUGGCAACUCUAUCAUAGCCCAUAAAACUUUCCAUAGGUAUGUUGUUAGGGCAAAAGCUGGGAAGAAGCAAUCUUCCAAAGAUGCAACUGGGAAAGCUGCACAUUCAGCAGGUUCAGCUCUUAGGCGUUAUAAUGAAGCAGCACUAAAAAAGGACAUACAAGAAUUGUUAGUCUCUUGGAAACAGUACAUUCAAUCUGCCUCGUGCAUUUUCAUUUAUGCCCCUUCUAAAAAUCGUCAGCUUCUUUUUGAUGAUGAGAAGCCGCAACUGAAUUUUCAUGAACAUGUGGUGCGACAUGUUCCUCUGACAGUCCAUAGGCCUACUCUUAAGGAAGCAAAACGCCUAUACAACCACUUAACACAAAUCACGUAUGAGGUAAAUUGGGAGACAAGUGUGGAGGAGUCUCAGAUGAACAUAGCUGAUGGUCAAAACGACAAUCUGGAAUCAGAUGAAGGACAUCUGGAUAAACAACUGAAAGUAAAGGAAACCUCGCCUGAGUUAUCUUCAGAUGCUGAAUCCUCAGAUUUGAAUUUACCAAGUGAUGCCAAGAACAUAAGUUUUUUACCACCUGAAAAUGAAUUAACACCUCUCCAUGAAGCGGCAAGAUCAGGCAAUGCUCAACAAACUUUAGAGCUUCUUGAACAGGGCUUGAAUCCUUGCAUAAAAGAUCCAAGAGGUCGAACUCCAUAUAUGUUGGCUACAGAAAAAGAAGUCAGAAAUACGUUCCGAAGGUUUAUGGCUCUAAAUCUUGACAAGUGGGAUUGGCAUGCUGCCAAUGUUCCCAGUCCAUUGACGAAGGAAAUGGAGGAGACCCAAGCUGCCAAACAGGCAGAGAAAGACGCCAAGAGGAAAGCUAAAGCCAAAGAGUUGAAGAAAUUGCGGAAAGCAAAAGAAAAGGCUAAGGCUCAGGCAGAAGCAGAGAACACCUCAAAAGUUUCUUCACAAAGCCAAGAGACUCCUGCUCCUACCCUCCCAAAACCUCAAACAAAAUCUAAUAUCAAACCAUCCAUUUCCAAGGAGGAGGUGCAACAAAGAGCUCUCACAGAAGCCAGAGAAAAGCGAGCAGCUGCGGCCGAGAGGAGGAUAGCGGCACUCAAUGCUCAACCAGUCAGUACAGCUCCAGCACCAAUCAGUUCUCCGGCCGCGAGUUCAGCAACCGACAUCAAAUGCUCAUGCUGCAAUGUUUCUCUUGCAGGCAAGGUUCCAUUUCAUCGGUAUCACUACAAAUAUUGCAGCACUUCCUGCAUGCAUGUCCAUAGGGAAAUGUUGGAGGAUGGAGCGCAUCAUGUUGGUGUUGUUGUUGACAAGGAGGAGGAGAAGGAGGUGGAGGCUGUAAUGGAACCAACCCAAAACUUUGUGGAUGUCUACCCUGUCCAAGCUGAUGCCGGAGAACGUUGCAACAAGCUCGGCAAACAACCGGUGAAGUUCCGGAAAGCCGGAGCUAAGCGAUUUGAUAGGCAAGUCUCCUUGGAGACUGGUGUUGCUGCAAUGGCAAUGGAGGGAAAGAACACAAGAAACGGUGUUGCUAAUAAGGAUGACAAGAGAGUUUUGACAAGGAAUGGGAAAAGUCUUGGAGGGGAGGUUGGAGGAGAAGUCAUGCUUAAUAGAAAAGGAGAUUUCAGCAUAUUUAGGACAAAAUCCACAUUAACAAAACAGAACUCAUUGUUGCCUUUGAGGAAAGACAGUGAGGUAAAUUUACAGAGCAUGGAUGUUGGUGGCUCUACUGCCGGUGGACAGGAGGAGGUUGAGAACCAGAGUGUUCCUGCCGGCAGGUAUUUUGCCGCCCUCCGAGGCCCAGAGCUUGACCAAGUUCGGGAUCAUGAAGACAUCCUGCUGCCCAAAGAUGAACUAUGGCCAUUCCUACUGCGCUUCCCCAUCGGUUGCUUUGGCAUGUGUCUCGGUCUCGGCAGCCAAACCAUUCUCUGGCGUUCCCUCUCCUCCAGCCCUUCUCUUCACUUCCUCUCCAUCCCUCCUCUCAUCAAUCUCAUUCUCUGGCUCUUCGCCGUCUCCCUUCUCCUCACCAUCUCCAUCACCUACUCCCUCAAAUCCCUCUUCUUCUUUGAGGCCAUUCGCCGGGAAUACUUCCACCCAGUCCGCAUCAACUUCUUCUUUGCUCCUUGGAUUGCCUGCAUGUUCUUAACUCUAGGAGCUCCUCCUUCUUUAUUCCCUCAUUCUCCUCACCCUGCUCUCUGGUGCUCUUUCAUGGCCCCAGUUUUCCUCUUAGAACUCAAAAUCUACGGCCAAUGGCUUUCCGGUGGCAAACGCCGUCUCUGCAAAGUGGCCAAUCCUUCCUCUCAUCUCUCCGUCAUCGGCAACUUUGUCGGUGCCAUUCUCGCAGCCAAAGUUGGUUGGAUCGAACCCGCUAAGUUCUUGUUCGCCAUUGGCCUUGCUCACUACCUCGUCGUCUUUGUCACUUUAUACCAGAGACUUCCCACCAAUGAAGCUCUCCCUAAAGAACUCCACCCAGUUUACUCCAUGUUCAUUGCCACUCCAGCAGCUGCAAGUCUAGCCUGGUCCUCUAUCUACAACCAAUUUGAUGCCAUUGCUCGGACUUUCUUCUUCAUCGCUUUGUUCCUUUACAUGUCUCUUGUUGUCCGAAUCAACUUCUUCCGUGGUUUUAAGUUCUCCAUUGCAUGGUGGUCUUAUACAUUCCCAAUGACCACUGCUUCUCUUGCCACCAUUAAGUAUGCUGAAGAGGUUCCUUGUUUCAUGAGCAAAGCUCUUGCUUUGAGUCUUUCCUUCAUGUCAUCCACUAUGGUUUCUCUUCUUUUCAUUUCUACUCUUCUUCAUGCUUUCUUUUGGAGGUCUUUGUUUCCUAAUGAUUUGGCCAUUGCUAUCACUAAGAAGAAGAGUAAUAAUGGUGCAAGAGCUCUUGGUAAACAGAAGAGCAUUGUUGGUAAGAAGCCUCAAGAGAUGAAGCCUUGGUCGUCUAAGCAAUCAUCUUCUUCUCCAUUGGCUGCUCUUGUUUCUUCUUCUUCUACUGCUACUGCUACUGCUACUGCUACUACUAUUACUGUUGCUAAGAAUGAUGAUCAACAACGUGGUGAGAUUGAGAAUAAAUUAAGUCAUUAAUAAUGGAUUAAUUGAUUAGAUGUUUAGUGCCAUGCACGUUAUUAAUUCAUAUGGGUUCUUACUUAUUAAUGGGUGACAGAAUAUA